AUGAAAUUUAAAAUAAGCGCUCUCUAUUUAAUUUAGACUUUUGCCAUCGUUGCUAUUUCUGCAAGUCCUGGCAAUCCAGUCCAAUGCUUAUAGCCAUCUAAUCCAUGUGAUGAUUCAAACUGUGGAAGUUUACCAAGUGGAGCUGGUUGCUAAUGGGCAGCAUAUUCAGAUAACAAUUCUACAGCUGGUGCUGGUAAUUCUACGUCUUCUUGCAUUAUAUCUGACUGCAGUUGCUAUAAUUCUACAUUAUAAGGUUUAACUGAUUUAUUCUGUUAAUCAUGUGGAUAAAUAAAUAACUAAUUUGCUAAUUUAGCAGGUAAUUAAUGCGUUUCUUCUUCGGCUUCUUGUGGAAGCAAUAGAAUGCCUAACACUUGGACAGAUGCUGAUUGUGCUCUUUGUAAUCCUUUAGCUCCUUUUGCUUCUAGUGAUAAAUCUUCUUGCUAAGCAAACUCCUCAUCAAAUAAUUGCAAUGCUACCUCUGGAUUAACAGAUGCUAUAUGUGCCUCCUGUGCCUAAUAAAAUAAUAAUAACAGCACAAAUAGCACAAAUCCAAGUGGAGGUAAUAGUACUAAUUCAAAUUAGCUUUUAUUUGCCAAUAAUAAUGGAACUGCAUGUGUUGCAUCAUCUGACUCAUGCGGAAGUAGCAGAGCUCCUAAUACAUGGACUGACGCAGAUUGUGCUCUUUGCAAUCCUUUGGCUCCUGUUGCUUCCAGCGAUAAAUCUUCUUGUGUUUUAAGCUCUUAACAGAAUAAUUGUAAUGCAACUUCAGGAUUAACAGAUGAUAUUUGUGCCUCAUGCUCAUAACAAAAUAACAAUAAUAGCACUAAUUCUAAUAACAACAGUACGAAUGCUAAUAAUAACAAUAGCACCAAUUCUACUUAAAUUUUGUUUGCUAAUUAUAACGGAACAGUAUGUGUUGCAUCUUCAGCUUCAUGUGGAAGUAGCAGAGCUCCUAAUACAUGGAAUGAUGCAGAUUGUGCCCUUUGCAAUCCUUCAACUCCAGUCGCUUCCAUUGAUAAUUCUACGUGUAUUGUAAUCACCUAAUAGAACAAUUGUAAUGCAACUUCAGGAUUAACAGAUGCUAUUUGUGCCUCUUGUUACUAAUAGUUUAAUAGCACCAAUUCUAAUAACAACAGUACGAAUGCUAAUAAUAGCACAAAUUCUAACGAACCUGUGUUUGCUAAUUAAAAUGGAACUGCAUGUGUUGCAUCUUCAGCUUCGUGUGGAAGUAACAGAGCUAAUAAUACAUGGACUGAUGCAGAUUGUGUUCUAUGUAAUCCAUUAACUCCUUUUGCUUCUGGUGACAAAUCUUCAUGUAUAAUUGGUCAGUAGAACCUUUGUAAUGCAACUUCUGGUUUAACAGAUUCUAUUUGCUCACUAUGCGCUUAACAAAACAACAACAAUAGUACUAACAAUAACAAUAGCACUAAUUCUAACAAUAGUACUGAUAAUGGAAAUAGCACAAAUUCUAAUAAUAACAAUAGUACAAGUAUGAACUUGAAUCUGUAUGCUAAUCUAAAUGGUACAGCUUGUGUAGCUUCUUCUGCAACAUGUGGCAGUGGCAGAGCCCUAAAUUCUUGGACUGAUGCAGAUUGUGCCCUUUGUAAUCCUUUAACUCCUUUAGCUUCUGGUGACAAAUCUUCAUGUAUAAUUGGUCAGUAGAACCUUUGUAAUGCAACUUCUGGUUUAACAGAUUCUAUUUGCUCACUAUGCGCUUAACAAAACAACAACAAUAGUACUAACAAUAACAAUAGCACUAAUUCUAACAAUAGUACUGAUAAUGGAAAUAGCACAAAUUCUAAUAAUAACAAUAGUACAAGUAUGAACUUGAAUCUGUAUGCUAAUCUAAAUGGUACAGCUUGUGUAGCUUCUUCUGCAACAUGUGGCAGUGGCAGAGCUCUAAAUUCUUGGACUGAUGCAGAUUGUGCCCUUUGUAAUCCUUUAACUCCUUUAGCUUCUGGUGACAAAUCUUCAUGUAUAAUUGGUCAGUAGAACCUUUGUAAUGCAACUUCUGGUUUAACAGAUUCUAUUUGCUCACUAUGUGCUUAACAGAACAACAACAAUAGUACUAACAAUAACAAUAGCACUAAUUCUAACAAUAGUACUGAUAAUGGAAAUAGCACAAAUUCUAAUAAUAACAAUAGUACAAGUAUGAACUUGAAGCUGUAUGCCAAUCUAAAUGGUACUGCUUGUGUUGCUUCUUCUGCUACAUGUGGUAGUGACAGAGCUCUAAAUUCUUGGACAGACUCAGAUUGCGCACUAUGCAAUCCUUUGACUCCCAUUUCUUCAAGUGCAGGAGUCUCUUGUAUUGGUGUUUAGAAUAAAAAUUGUAAUUCUACUUAAGGAUUAACUGAUUCAAUUUGCUAUGCAUGUGCUUAAUACAUUCAAAUUAGCAACAGUACAGACAACAGUACUAAUGCUAAUAAUGGCAAUUAAACCAAUAAUGCCAACAGUACUAAUAAUACAAGUGUAAACCUAAAAAUAUUUGCGAAUGCAAAUGGAACAGCUUGCGUUGCCUCUAAUGCAACAUGUGGUAGUAAUAGAAUUAUUAAUUGGAAUGACGGAGAUUGCUCCCUUUGCUCUCCUGACAAGCCUCUAGCAUCAAGUGGAGGUGACUAUUGCUUCUCUUUUUCACCAAGUAAUUGUACAGCGAAUUUCAAUUUAACGGAUUCUAUAUGCUUUGAAUGCGCUUAGUUGAGUAAUUAAAAUGCUACGGUAUCUAAUAACACGAAUAGUAACUCUAAUAAUACCGACAGUAACAACAACAGUACUAUUCCAUAAAAUAAUAAUAGCACAAACUCAACUAGCAACUAGAAUGUCACUAUUGUUAAUAACAGAGUGUAUGUAAAUAUUCUUGGUAACUCAUGUGUUGCUUCUUCAGCAACAUGUGGCAUAAAUAGAGUACCUAAUUCUUGGAGUGAUUCAGACUGUGCACUAUGCUCUCCAUACGCUCCAUUUGCAAGCCUUGAUGGUUCAAAAUGUGUUUCAAGUAGAUCAAUUAAUUGCUAAGUAUCAUUCAAUUUUACCGAUUUUAUUUGUGCUGCUUGUGCAAUUCAAUACAAUAACAAUAAUUUUUGGGCAAAUAAUAACGGUACUUCAUGUGUACCAACAUAAGCUACUUGUGGUAGUGCUAGAACUAUUAAAUGGACUAAUCUUGACUGUUCUCUUUGCAACACCUAAACUCCUUUGGCUUCAGCAGAUGGAUUGUAUUGUGUUUCAAGUACAUUUGGUUCAUGGCUUGCAUUUACCUUUAGCCUGAUUGUUUUAUGUGUUUUCUAUUAUUGA